AUGUCCAAGGACACGGUCUUUCCUAUUGCCGUUUUGAUAGACGACCUGAAGAAUGAAGACGCAAAUGCCAGGCUCAGUGCAGUCAAACGCAUAGAUCAGAUAGCUGUUGCCUUGGGCCCGAAGCGUACGAGGGAUGAGUUCAUUCCGUUUCUCUGUGAAUGCGUUGACGACGAUGACGAGAUUCUUAUCGAGCUGGCGCAGAAGCUGGGGAAGUUUGUGGACCCAGUGGGAGGGCCCAACUACGCUCCAACCCUUCUGAACCCUCUUCGUCUUCUGGCGUGUGCUGACUCAAAACUCGUCCGGGAUGAGGCCAUAGCCUCUGCAGUGCGGGUUGGAAGCAAGCUCACCGACAAAGACUUCGCAACAUCAUUCGUCCCCAUGGUCGAGGCCCUUAUCAAGGGCGAAUGGUAUAAUCACAGAACUUCCGGAGUGGGGCUUGCUCACCUGGUGUUCAAGCGCUGCACAACGUCAACUAUUCGCAAUGACCUCCUUGAGGCCAUCCAGCGCUUGGCCCAGGACACGUUACCUAUGGUCAGGCGAACCGUGGCCGAGUGCCUCUCUCAGAUCGUCGAAGAUGCAACGGGGCAGGAGAUAGCAUCCUCCAUUAAGACAGUUCAUCAGCUUCUGGGAGAUGACUCGCAAGAUUCAGUGCGAGCGGUGAAUAUUGCUACUACUCCCUAUGUGAUGGUGGCCCUCAAUAAGCUGCUAAUUAGCGGAAAAGAUGUCUCGGAGAAUGUCAUUCAAUCAAUAAGGGACGAGCUCUAUCGUAAGUUCCUUUCUGUCUUCUGCGUAGAUGAGUCGUGGCGUGUUCGUCACGCGUGUGCAGAUAUCUUUAUCAACGUCCUAGAAGGAUAUCUAGGCUAUACGACCGUCUUCGAAAAGCCUGCUGCCGCGAGAGCAUCGACGACUGAUGUGCCAGACUGCAACGAAGCCAUAGAUCUCAUUUCUGACAAUAAGCCCAACACUCUCGACACUCUGAAAGAAGCCAGUUUGAAGAUCCUUAACAGUAAGCCGUCUGCGCCUGCAGGAAGCAACUACGACGCCGCAAACGUCGUGAGGGCCUUUGCAAAGCUUCUCUCCGACGAAGAGCCAGAGGUCCGCUGCAUCGCAAUUCAGAGGGUUGUGCGCGUUGCCAGCCGCAUCAGCCCGGCAAAUAUCCUUGCCUAUCUCUUACCGGUUCUUACGGACCGCGCGUCCAACGAUAACAGCAUCUUUGUACGCUCUGCUUUGGCGAGAAACGUCGUCGGUCUCGCGCAAUUUAUUGGAAAGGAUGACUCCAUCAAGACAAUUAAACCGAUCAUAGCAAAGCUUCUCGAGGAUCGAGAUCCCGACGUGCGUGUAACCACACUUCUUAGCCUGCCGCACAUCAUCGAGGUCACGGGCGUCCAGCCGUUCACUACCAACAUCCUUCCCACGGUUGUCUUGUUAGCAGAUGACAGCGACUGGCGCAUUAGAAAGUCCGUGGUACAGGCCAUCCCGGGGAUAGCAAAAGACCUCGGUGUGGCCUUCUUCGAUGAGAAACUCUCUGGUCUCUGCAUGAAUUGGCUUUCAGACACCGUUAACUACAUCAGAAGGGCUGCGGUGCGCAAUCUCGUUCAACUUUCGACUAUCUUUGGGCAGGAAUGGACGCUAAGAGUGCUCGUCCCCAAGAUAGCAACUCUGAAGCAAAAUUCAAACUAUCUGCAGCGAAUCAAUGCACUCUUCUUCAUCCAAGAGCUUGCGGCCGCUAGCAAGUCGAACAUAGUGGCACAGCACCUAGUGCCCAUUGCACUUCGCAUGGCUACAGACCCCAUCCCUAACGUCAGAUUUAUGGCAGCCGAAACACUGGGCAAGUGUGCCCCUUAUGUGCCUGCGCAGUGUCGUGAGAGCCAGAUGAAACCUUGCCUGAUGAACCUGACGAGUGACGUCGACGUCGACGUCAAGGCCUUUGCAAAGGAUGCUCUGAAGAGUUUACAGUAG